UUGCCGUUCUCGUUCCUCCCCCUACAGGCUACAGCUACCCUCUUCCAACUCCCAUCCGGCAGUCCUGGACAUCGCAUCGCAUCCAUCCUCUUCUUCCAUUCACCAGUUGGUUUGGUUGGGGAGGAGAGGUAGUGAGGAGGACCCGACCGCCGACCUCCCGAUCCAUCCAUCCGCCAUGGACGCCUCCUACGACCGCGAGUUCUGGAACUUCAGCGACCAGCUGCGCCUGCACAACAACUUCUCCAACCUCUCCAUCGCCGACUCCAUCUGGUCCUCCACCACCUCGCCACCGGAUCCCUCCUCCUCCUUCCCCGGCGGCAAUACCAACUCCCCGGGCCUCAUCGGAUCCGCCAAGCUCGCCUUCGGCAACGCCACAACCACCAGCGCCGACCGCUACAACGCCAACGCCGCCGGUGCAGGUGCAGGUGUUGGUUCCAACAACGCCGCCGCUAUCAGCGUGACCGACUACUACCUCAACAAGAACACCACCAACGCCAACGCCGGCAAGACCAUCAGCGUGACCGACUACUACCUCAACAAGAACAACGCCAACGCCGCCGCCGGCAAGACCAUGAGCGUGACCGACUACUACCUCAACAAGAACAACGCCAACGCCAACAACGACGCCGUCAAGAGCUACUUCAACAAGUCCGUCGGCAGGCCAGCCAACAACAACAACAACAACACCGUCGUCGGUGGCAAGAAGAACUCCACCGCCGCCGCCCACCACGACAAGAAGCACAAGAACUCCGGCAACGGCAACGGCGCCGGCGUCGACAAGAGGUUCAAGAGCCUUCCGGCGUCGGAGGCGCUGCCCAGGGGCGAGGCCAUCGGCGGAUACAUCUUCGUCUGCAACAACGACACCAUGGAGGAGAACCUCAAGAGGCAGCUCUUCGGGCUGCCGUCCAGGUACAGGGAUUCGGUGAGGGCCAUCAGGCCGGGCCUGCCCCUCUUCCUCUACAACUACUCCACCCACCAGCUCCACGGCAUCUUUGAGGCUGCAAGCUUCGGGGGAUCCAACAUCGAUCCAAAAGCUUGGGAGGACAAGAAGUGCCCUGGCGAGUCCCGCUUCCCUGCUCAGGUGAGGGUUGCAACGCGCAAGAUCUGUGAUCCGCUGGAGGAGGACGCUUUCCGCCCCAUCCUCCACCACUACGACGGCCCCAAAUUCAGGCUGGAGCUCAGUGUCCCUGAGGCGCUCUCCCUCCUUGAUAUAUUUGCGGAGAAGAUUUUUGCCUGAGUUUGGAUGAGUUGACAGGCAGUUAAUAUACAUGUUACAUAAUAUGUGCGUGUAUGUAUGUACGUGCUUCCUUCCAGAGGACUAGAGAGGGAAGGAAUAAGAGUAUAAGGCUGCAUGUAUAAUGUUAACAAUAUGCUGGUUAGCAGCAUCUGAUUAUCUAUCUAGUAUAUAAGUUAUACUGGAACUUUGCCGUUUUGUAUCAGAUCAGAAGCAGGCAGCAGCAGAAUGCCCUUUUGUACCCAAGUUUAGGUGCGGUGAUGAUGGUGUUAUGCCGCCUUCAUCCUAUUGUAACAAACUACAUACAUAAAAAUACCAUACCUUCAUAAAUAAAUUAGAGGAGUCGGCCUCUGUUCAAAUGAA